CUCACCCCUUGCUAGUGCCCUGGAUUGCCGAUCUCCGUGGUCGGGAGCUAGCUAUCGUAUUCCAACUUUCAAGUUGCGACACUACCUAGUGAGGGGUGAUAUCACUGAUAUCACUGACUGCUGUGGACUGCAUACGUAAAUUCCACGACAUGCGCCGCCGUGUCCAACCGUUGCGCAAUUUCCACGACACACGUCAAACCGGAACCGGCUGAAGCAUCAAGCAAUGUCAGCGGCAGUGCGCUGCGUCGCCCGCUGGCCCCGGCCAGGAACGCUGCAGCCUGUCUCGUCCCAACUGAGACGUGUCACAUCUGGUGCGGCAGCCGCGGUGAUUGAAGCUCAGGCAAUCGAGCCUGUGCUACCGCCAGCCGACCGCGGGAUUCCGGUUCGAAAUCCAGAAAACGAUGGCCCGGCCCCGCUCCCUGUGCGCUCGGCAUUACCCUCCCGUAGGGACCGCAUCCGGGAUGCCAAGCCCUUCUCGGACUUCCUGACGGACAACUUCCACCGCCAACAUGACUAUCUGCGCAUCUCGGUUACAGAGCGCUGCAACCUGCGAUGCCUGUACUGCAUGCCCGAGGAGGGCGUACCCCUCUCGCCCCCGAAAGAGCUUCUGACGACACCCGAGAUUGUCAUGCUCUCGUCGCUCUUUGUGUCGCAGGGCGUGAAGAAGAUCCGGCUCACUGGCGGCGAGCCUACGGUCAGACGGGAUAUUGUACCCCUUAUGCAGCAGAUUGGGGCGUUGCGCGCCCAUGGGCUCCGGGAACUGUGUUUGACCACCAACGGGCUCUCACUCCAUCGCAAGCUGGAACCCAUGGUCGAGGCCGGCCUGACGGGCGUCAACCUCUCGCUCGACACGCUGGACCCGUGGCAGUUUCAGCUGAUGACGCGGCGGGCAGGGUUUGGCGCCGUUCAGAAGACUAUCGACCGCGUCUUUGAACUGAACCGGGCGGGAGCGGGCAUCAAGUUCAAAAUAAACUGUGUCGUCAUGCGCGGGCUGAACGACCGCGAAAUCCUCCCUUUUGUGGAGCUGACACGGGAGAAGGAUGUUGAAGUGCGCUUCAUCGAGUACAUGCCAUUUGAUGGCAACAAAUGGAGCAAGGGCAAGAUGUUCGGUUAUCAAGAGAUGCUGGACUUGAUCCGCUCGAGAUAUACAGACCUGCAGCGGGUUGCGGACCACAAGAACGACACGAGCAAGACCUUCCAGGUGCCCGGCUUUGUUGGGAAGAUUGGGUUCAUCACGAGCAUGACCCACAACUUCUGCGGCACUUGCAACAGGCUUCGGAUUACUGGGGAUGGGAAUCUGAAGGUGUGCUUGUUUGGCAAUGCAGAAGUAUCCCUGCGGGACAUCCUAAGAACGGUGAACAACGGGGAGCCCAUCGACGAGGCGGCCUUAGAAUCCCUACGGCAGGCGGCGAUGGAAAGGAUAGGAAGUCUUUCACCUUCCGAUCCUCAACCUCUAGUUGUGCCAAAUUCUGAGGAGCUUCUCAACGUCAUCGGCAUGGCUGUCAAACGAAAGAAGGAGAAGCACGCAGGCAUCGGCGAGCUGGAGCACAUGAAGAACCGGCCGAUGAUAUUGAUUGAUCCAUCGACGACAUGCACACAUCCCACCCGGGCUCACAUGCGAUGGCAACCAGUCGGUUUACUACCUACCGUUUCCGCACCUCGUAGACUCCCAUUCCUUCUUCCCCUUGAGUCUCUCCCUCCUAGCCUUACUAGCACAAACCACCACCACGGCCGCCUCUUCUCAACCAGUCCCCGACGCCCUUCCCGCGAUGACGACGAAGACAGCAUUAGCACCAGACCGGAUAAACCCAGACUGACCCACGUCACCGCAACGGGCGCGGCACACAUGGUCUCCAUCUCGGACAAGUCCCCCACCAAACGCAUCGCCCAGGCCAAAUGCACCGUCCGCUUCUCCUCACCGACCGCCCUCGCCCUCAUCCGCGACAACCAGAUCAAGAAGGGCGACGUGCUCGGCGUGGCGCGCAUCGCGGGCAUCAUGGCGGCGAAGCGCACGCCCGAUCUCAUCCCGCUGUGUCACCCCAUCGCGCUGACGCACGCCGAGGUCGAGCUUUACCCGAGCCAAGACCAAGAAGAGGGAAAGGGCAGGAGUGAGAUCGAGAUUACGGCGACGGUUUCGUGCGAUGGAAAGACGGGCGUCGAGAUGGAGGCGCUUACCGCGGCGGGUGCCACGGCGUUGACUGUCUAUGAUAUGUGCAAGGCGGUGGACAAGGGCAUGGUUAUUGAAAGGUUGAGAGUGGUUCUCAAAGAAGGGGGCAAGAGUGGGCGGUGGGUUGAAGGGGAGAGGGAUGAUGUUUAUUAGGGUUGACGGUUCGAUUCAA